AUGGCCAGCAGCAUACCCAUCGACGUACGUUCAGCCACUGAUGAACUUGCCAACGCCGCGCGGUCACUGGUGUCCCGCGCUUUGGAAUGCUAUGACCCAAAGUAUGGCUUUUCUACAGCUAGCUGCCAGGUGUACGAUACAGCCUGGAUAGCCAUGAUAUCGAAAGACUGUGCAGGAACGAAGCAAUGGCUUUUCCCGGAGGCAUUCCACUAUCUCAUGCGGACGCAAAGCAGCUGGCACAUCGACAAUUCCUCUCAGACUGUCGCAAUUCUUAACACAGCUGCGGGACUACUCGCUCUUUUGAAGCAUGCCGCGCAGCCCCUGCAGAUUCGUCUCUACAGCGACAACGAGCUUGCCAACUGCAUCAACCUGGCUUCCAAGUCGCUCCAAUCUCAACUAGCAACCUGGACCGACAUGGAGGCCACCAACCACAUCGGCGUGGAACUAAUCAUCCCGGCCUUGCUUCAGUAUCUCAAAGAGGCACACCCGACCAUGCAUUUCUCCUUUCCAAACGAAAAGUUGCUUUCAGAAAUGCAUGCUGCCAAGAUGGCUCGAUUCCGAACGGAAAUGCUGUACGAUACACCUGUAUCUCCUGCAUCCUACUCCCUCGAGGCCUUCAUUGGAAAGGUUGACUUCGACCGCGCGGCAGUUCAAUUACGCAAUGGAUCCAUGUGGACAUCGCCCUCCUCUACAGCAGCAUAUUUGAUGCAUGCCACUGUCUGGGACUCAGAAGCAGAAGACUGGCUUCGACACGUUCUUCGGGCUGGCGAAGGCCAUGGCGAUGGCGGCGUCCCAGGAACGUUUCCGACUCAUCAUUUUGAAUUCAAUUGGAUCGUUGCGACACUGCUGCAAGGCGGUUUUGUAUUGUCUGAUUUCGACCGCACAUCGCUUGACCAAAUCGCGAGCAUUGUUCAACUCGGCUUCAAAGGCGACGGCGGAGUGAUUGGACACGCGCCAGGCACCGUGGAUGUCGACGAUACCGCAAAAGGUCUCUUGGCAAUGAAACUUUUGGGACGAGAAGGAGGAACAACGCCAGAUGAGAUGAUCCGGAGAUUCGAAAAGAAGGACGCCUUCGGUACCAUGCCGGCGGAACGAGAUCGAAGCAUCAGUUCGAAUUGCCAUGUUCUCCUGGCACUUCUAGCGUGGAACGACUACCCCCAGUACGGGUUGCAGAUUCACAAAACAGCAAGCUUCAUAUGCGAUUAUUGGUGGAGUUCUAAUGGACGGAUGAAAGACAAAUGGCAUUUGUGCCAUCUUUAUCCGACGAUGUUGCUGGUCAAAGCAUUUACCCUUCUUCUCCGUGACGUGGACACGGGUCUUGCAUCCGAUCUUCUUGGGUCUCAACUCAGCAUGAGGAUUGCCAUUGCUGUUUUCCAGGCUUGCUCUCGUACGCUAAUGGAUCAGCAUGCUGAUGGAUCCUGGGGGGACUCGCCGGAGCAGACGGCAUAUGCUGUUCUGACACUCGCCGACGCACGUCAGCUAUGUCUCUUUGCAGACUUCGUGCCCGCGCUCCAGCAUGCCACCGACUCGGGCAUCGCAUAUCUCGACGCUUGUACCGGCGAAGGCAAUGGACGCUGCUGGACGUCUAAGACUCGAUAUUUCUUGAGGUUCGUCAGAGAAGCAUAUGUUCUGGCCGCUCGCCGCAUGACCGUGGCUCCGAAGGCCGCGGGAGACGUGGGCCGGUCCCUCGCCCUUGACGAAAGUAUUCGGAAGACGAAGCCAUUCCUCGCGCUUCUGAAGCUCACCGAAACCUGUGCGACAAUGCCGGACCUGGUCAUCAAGCUCUCUCUGACGGAAGCUGCCCUGUUUCUACCCCUGCUACGUACGCGUAGAUCGGAAGUCUUCCCCAGGGACGAGUUGAAAGUCAGCCAAGACGCAUACUUCGACUUGCUGCCCUUCCUGUGGGUGGGCUGUAGCAACCGGUCGAAGAAUUACGUGCCGACAAACUUUGUGUUCGACAUGCUAUUCAUGACAUUGAUCAACAUACAGGUGGACGAGUUCAUUGAGGGUAUAGCAACUCAGGCGUUCGAGCACGAUCCACCUGCGUUACGUCGUCUGAUCGACCUCGCAACGGACGAGGCACUUACACCUUCUGCGACCGGACGUGCGUUGAACCUAGUUGUGAGCAGAUUUUGGUCACGCUUGCUAAUCAGAUUUCAGGUAUACCAUCCACUUGUCCGAUUUGCAAAGUACAUCCUCAAUCAUGCCCCUAUUCUCGUCGCAAGCGCUCAAGACCGCAGACGUCUGAAGCAUGAAUUCCGUCAAUUCCUCCAUACGCAAACAACGCAAAUGUCGGACAAUGCCAAAUUUCGAAGUCAGCCCGAAGGUAGCGUGAUGUUUGGCACCGAUCUUUCUUAUUUUGAUUGGGUUCGCACCAUUGCAUCCGACCACGUUUCGACUCCUCUGAACUUCGCUUGGGUACGCUGCUGGACAUCCGGGGUGCUUAGCAAGGGGCUCGAAAGUUUCUCGGGCCCUUCAGAGCAAUACCUCGCUGCUGCAGUCUCUCGACACCUGGCCACGACGAAUCGGAUGUAUAAUGACUUCAGCUCGAUUUCCCGGGAUACCGCCGAGUGCAACCUGAAUUCCGUUCACUUUCCAGAAUUUAACAAGGCCGAGUCGACGGAUGUGGCUUCUCAAAAAGUGGCGCUGAGGGCGCUUGCGGACUACGAGCACGGUUGCGUCGAACGCACGCUCGAAUGCUUGAGUGGAGAAGUCAGAAAGGCCAACCCGUAUCAGCCAGAAGGCUGGACAGAGAGGAUGAAGCUGGGUCCUAUCCGCCUACUUUGUGAUGUGUCUCAUCUGUGGGAUCAGUUGUAUCUAAUCCGCGACCAUUCUAGCACGAUCCAAAGUAGGGAAAACUAGCUAGACUCUCGACUGGUAGUUUCGAGGCCUACAACAGGGAGUUGACCUCGACGUACAUUUUUGAAAAUACG